AUGGCGAUGCCUGUAGCUCAAACUUCGCCACCAUCCACCAACACUGCUUAUGGGGAUCUGCUCGAAAAGCAAUUCGCGAAUAACGUUUUACACCAGAUAAAGCAGGAUCCGUCGAACAGAGAUCUAAUCAUCCAAUCCGCUUACCGUGGUGUUGCCCGGGCCACUGAUCAGGACAACGGUAGGCUGGAGCCAGGACAGAUUGUAGCCGACAAUCGCGACCGGUCACACAUCAGCCUUGAGGGAAAUGAAGUCAAUAGCAAUGAAACAGACCAGAAUGAGAAUAGCGACGGACCAGGUUCUGCAUCAGAGCCACUCACCAUGGCCAUAUCACCAGACGUUGGUGUUGACGAAUUAGGAAUCAAACGCGAAGCCUUCUUUCUAUGCAUGUUGCGGCUAAAGAUAUCGACCCGAAAUCAAAAUAAGCUAAAGAUUGUAUCUUUCACACGUACUAAAGCUGUCGAGAUCACCAACUUGUUCUUCAUCAACGUUAUGGGAGCUCCAUUGCUAACUCAUCUCAACGCCCUUCUUGGAGACCCUCACCAUUUUGAUCCGGAUUACGUGGAUGAAGGCCCGUCGACCCUGGCAGCGAAUUUAUCAGAGGAUAAGACAGUCCCUGCCAGGUUUCGCAAGCUGUAUCGCUCGUUCUCCGUUGCGCCAUUUAUUGGAAAAAAGAAAACUAGCAUCGUUGUUAAGAUGCGAGAGACUAUGCGAAGUCUUCAGCUGUUGAAGGAUUGUAAAGAACUUUGCCAGAUCUUGGAGGAAGAACAUCCAGAUCACGGAGAAAUGCGCAGCUUUCUUAAGAACAGAGGGUUCCGCGCCAGCCGAGGUAUAUGCUACCAAUCGCUCGUCAUCGAGUACCUUACAAAGGCCCUUGAAAUCACCAAGAUCAGCCUUGACAACACUCUUCGGGUUGCUCGAGCCAUUGCUACUCUCGUCAAGCAGUUUGGGCCCGGCAUAGUUGCAGCUCUUCCUCCUCUGGCCACACGCAAACUGGCAAUAUGGGGGUGCCAACGCAUGGAUGUGGUGUGUAAGUGCCUCAAAGAGCACGCCGCCUGCUUCCAACCCAUUUGCGAUCUUCUUGAGGAGCACGUUUACCGUCCUAUACAAGACGGACGCCGCCCAUCUAUGCAGCCAAUAAGUUUGGAAGGAGACGGAUCACUCCUCGAGAAGAUCAGAGAGGCGGUCAUUGUGCACAGCGUAACAGGCCAGAAAAAGAUACCAGACACGGACGCGAGCUAUGAUGAUAUGAUGGACCUAGAGGUGGAAGAAGUGGGGAUUUAA